CAGAAUCAUACAAAAUACUAGCAAAUAUUGUCCUAUUAGCCAUGGCUUUUAUGUUGCCAACAGUGAUUUUUGCUCUUGUUAUAUUAUUCAUCUUCCAUAAGUUACUAAAUAUCAAGAAUGAGAAGAAACUAAAUAUCAAGAACAAGAAGAAACUUCCUCCUGGCCCAAAAGGGCUUCCCAUAUUAGGACAUCUCCAUCUUUUAGGUGAAAAUCCAACCCAAGAUUUCUACAAAUUAUCCAAAAAACAUGGUCCUAUUAUGUACCUUAAAUUAGGAUUAGUACCAACUUAUGUUAUAUCUUCUCCUGAAUCAGCUGAAAAAAUCCUCAAAACAUAUGAUCAUGUCUUUGCUAGUAGGCCUCAUAAUGAGACAGCUCAAUACAUCUCUUAUGGCCAAAGGAAUUUGAUUUUUUCUAAGUAUGGAGCUUAUUGGCGUAACAUGAGAAAAUUAUGCACAGUUCACUUGUUGAGUAACCACAAGAUUAACUCGUAUCGAUCAACUAGAAGUGAAGAAGUUGCCCUUAUGAUCAAAUCAAUUAAACCAUCAGCUCAAGAUGGUGUUGUUGUUGAUCUUAGUGCAAAGGUUUCAUCAUUGAGUGCCAACUUGAGUUGCUUAAUGGUUUUUGGAAAAAAAUUUAUGGAUGAGGAUUUAGACAAAAGGGGGUUUAAAUCUUUAGUCCAAGAGGUUACACAUUUAGCUGCAACACCAAAUCUUGGUGAUUUUUUCCCUUUUUUUGGUGUUAUUGACAUCCAAGGACUUACGCGUCGUAUGAAGGAUAUUUCUAAGGUAUUUGAUGAAUUUGUUGAGAAGAUUAUUGAUGAACAUGUCCAGACUACAGACCAGAAGAAAACAAAGGAUUUUGUAGAUACUAUGAUGUCCAUUAUGCAAUCUGGAGAAGCAGAGUUUCAGUUUGAUCGUCGCCAUGUCAAAGCUGUCCUGCUGGACAUGCUUGUAGCAUCAAUAGAUACAUCAUCAACUUCAGUGGAGUGGAUGCUCUCGGAACUUCUCAAGAAUCCUAAUGUAAUGGAAAAACUCCAAAAAGAGUUAGAAGAAGUAGUUGGCCUAGACAGAAUGGUAGAAGAAUCAGACUUAGACGAAUUGAAAUACUUAAACAUGGUAUUCAAGGAGUCAUUUAGGUUACAUGCUGCAGCCCCAUUACUACUUCACGAAGCAAUGGAAGAUUGUAUGGUAGAUGAUUUCUACAUACAAAAAGGAUCACAAGUUAUUGUCAAUUCAUACUCAAUUCAUAUGGAUCCUAAUGUUUGGCCUGAAGCUGAUAAAUUUUUGCCAGAAAGGUUUCUUGAAAGUAACGUAGACGUUCGUGGACGCGACUUUCAACUUUUACCAUUUGGCUCCGGCAGAAGAAGUUGUCCGGGGAUGCAUUUGGCGUUAAUUAUUGUACGUCUGGUCGUCGCGCAAUUAGUUCACUGCUUUGAUUGGAAACUCCCAAAUGGAAUUCAGCCUAAGGAUUUGGAUAUGACUGAGAAAUUUGGUAUUGUGACUGGUAGAGCCAAGAAUUUGAUGGCUAUUCCUACUUAUAGGCUACACAACUGAUUUUGGGAAAUAGUUUUUGGUACAUCUAGUUUUAUGACGUUUCACCUUGUAAUAAAACACGUUAGUGUUUUGAUUGAGUAACCUUUUUUGUGUGCACUUGUAAUAGUACGGGAAAAACUAGAAUAAAUAUGUUAUCGUUUUUCGUUACUUCUAAUAAAUAUAUUUUAGAGGUGGAAUCUUCUAGCU